ACGAACUGUGUCCGUGUCACUGUGACUUGUGAAUGUGCAAUUCUGCAUCAAAAGUAAAGUGAUUAAUUGCGAUGCACUGCUAUAUGCCUAUAUUCACACACCAACCGCCAUGAAGAAUUCUCACACUCUUCUCUCCCACCUCCUUCCCUUUCUAUGCACUCUGUCUCUCCGCUACUCUGCACAAGCACUUCCAGACUUCGCUGCCUAUCCUUCCAUCCCCGGAACCGAUUCCGGCGACUGCUUGAUAGGCAGCGGAGACACUCCCCUCGUCCCUCCACGGCGGGAAGUGUACGACGAGGGGAGAAUCUUUGACAUCAGCCACAGGUACACCACGGAGAUGCCGCUAUGGGAAUCUGAGGAGGAGCUUGGGUACUUGAUGUGGUUGACUCGGAGUAUGAGGAACGGUUCCGUCGCCAAUUUCUCUACCUUUAAGCUUGGCCUUUACAUCGGCACCCAUGUCCAUGCAGGCUUCGACGUCGAUCUCCUCGAUUUACAGCUCCUCAAUGGUCUUGCUCUGCUGAUUGAUGUUCCACGGGAUAAAAACAUUUCUGCUGAGGUUAUGAAAUCACUGGAUAUCCCUAAAGGUGUACAACGUGUGCUAUUUAGAACAUCAAAUACUGACAGGAGGCUUAUGUUUAAGAAGGGAUUUGAUGCAAGCUAUGUGGGAUUCAAGGAAGAUGGAGCCAAAUGGCUGGUGGAAAACACUGACAUCAAACUUGUAGGAGUUGAUUACUUAUCUGCUGCUGCUUAUGAUCAUUUGGUGCCAUCUCGUCUUGCUUUUCUGGAAAGCAGGGACAUGAUUAUUGUGGAAGGACUAAAGCUAGAUGAUGUGGCAGCAGGAGUAUAUUCACUGAGAUGCUUGCCUCUUAGGUUGGUUGGCUCUGAGGCAUCACCAAUACGUUGCAUUCUCAUGAAAUGAUCUCGCUCCAUCUCAGCUUCCAAAUAUCUGCAAUAAAAUAUUGGCCAUGUAAAAUGAACAAUUUUACAUUUUUACUAUAAGUAAAUGCUUGAGGGUUUCAGUCUUA